UUUGACCUCUGCUAGACUGUGGGAGCCUCUGGGCCAAGGCCCCAUGCAUUUCAGUGUGUUUCUGUGACCUCCAGGUACAGACACAUAUGUGCGGGUUUGUAAAUAUUUGUUCUUUGCCUUUUUCUGGCAGGUGCUCGUGUCCUGACGGUCUCCAUGUUCAAAGCAGAACAUGUGUGCAGAGUAGCCGUGGCUUUCUUUCACAGCCUCUCUGGGGCCACAGGAUAAGGAGCCAUUUGAGUGGACACACUGUUCUGUACUCUACCUCUUAGGGCCUACUGUGCUGGUCAUGCCUGUGCCCACAGAGGGCACCCCUCCGCCCCUGAGUGGCACCCCUGUCCCAGUCCCAGCCUACUUUCGCCAUGCAGAACCUGGCUUUUCCCUCAAGAGGCCCAGGGGGCUUAGCCGGACCCUUCCUCCCAGGCCCCCUGCCAAGGGCAGCAUCCCCAUUAGUCGCCUCUUCCCUCCUCGGACCCCAGGCUGGCACCAGCCCCAGCCCCGGAGUGUGUCAUUUCAAGGCAAAGCCUCUGAGACACUGCAGAGCCCAAGUUAUGAUCCAAGCCGGCCGGAGUCCUUUUUUCAGCAGAGUUUCCAGAGGCUUGGCCGCCUGGGCCAUGGCUCUUUUGGAGAGGUCUUCAAGGUGCGCUCCAAGGAAGACGGCCAGCUCUAUGCAAUAAAGCGCUCUAUGUCACCAUUCCGGGGCCCCAAGGACCGGGCCCGAAAGCUGGCUGAGGUCAGCGGCCAUGAGAAGGUGGGGCAGCACCCACGCUGUGUGCGACUGGAGCGAGCCUGGGAGGAGGGUGGCAUACUGUACCUGCAGACAGAGCUGUGUGGUCCCAGCCUACAGCAGCACUGUGAGGCCUGGGGCACUGGCCUGCCUGAGACCCAGGUCUGGGGCUACUUGCGGGAUACCCUCCUUGCUGUGGCCCACCUGCAUGGCCAAGGCCUGGUCCACCUUGACAUCAAGCCUGCCAACAUCUUCCUGGGGCCCCGGGGCCACUGCAAACUGGGUGACUUUGGGCUGCUGGUGGAGCUAAAUGCAUCUGGAGCUGGUGAGGCCCAGGAGGGAGAUCCCCGCUACAUGGCCCCUGAGCUGCUGCAGGGCUCCUACGGGACAGCAGCCGAUGUGUUCAGUCUGGGUCUCACCAUCCUGGAAGUGGCCUGCAACAUAGAGCUGCCUCAUGGUGGAGAGGGCUGGCAACAGCUGCGGCAGGGCUACUUGCCCCCAGAAUUCACUGCGGGCCUGUCUUCUGAGCUGCGAUCUGUCCUCAUGAUGAUGCUGGAGCCUGAUCCCAAGCUUCGGCCCACAGCCGAGGCCCUGCUGGCCCUGCCUAUGCUCAGGCAGCCACGGCCCUGGAAUGUCCUGUGGUACAUGGCUGCUGAAACCCUGAGUCGAGGGUGGGCCCUGUGGCAGGUAAGCCUGGUGAAAGUGACAGGCUGUUCUAUUCCGCUCCCUGGCUCUGGGGUCUGCCUAGCCUCCCUCGGCUCCCUGUCCCCACAGGCCCUGCUUGCACUGCUAUGCUGGCUCUGGCAUGGGCUGGCUCGCCCUGCCAGCUGGCUGCAGCCCCCAGGCCCUCCAGCCACCCCGCCUGGCUCACCGCCCUGCAGCUUCCUCCUGGACAGCAGUCACUCCAGCAACUGGGAUGACGACAGCAUAGGGCCCUCGCUCUCUCCAGAGGCCAUCCUGGCCAGGGCUGCCAGGAGCACCUCCACCCCCCAGAGCAGGCACACACUGAGGGAUGCCCUGGACCUAAGUGACAUUGACUCUGAACCCCCGCAGGGCUCCUUCCCCUCCUUUGAGCCUCGGAACCUCCUCAGCCUGUUUGAGGACUCAGUGGGCCCCACCUGA